GUCGCGUUCCGCAGCCCCCAUCACCGCCCAAAAUAAUCCCCAGUCUGAUUAUCAACCUUCAUUUUCCCGCCCCGUCCAGACUUCGUUUCGAUCUAUCGCUGCAUGACCGCUCUCGCCUGCAUUCGCCCAUGUUUUCUCGCCAGCCCAGCCUAUCCUGCGCAAUAGACGAUCUUUCCCAUUGACUGCGAACCGCGCGCCGCACGCGACCUGCAUCCUGAAUGACGGCGCCCUCCCAGGCCUCAAUUUCUUGGCCCUAGCCCGUCCCCUCGUCGCGAGCGCGUCCCCCCUCUCCCCUUUGCGCCUCGGAGCUCGGAGAUUGCCCCGCCUCCGACCAACGCAGUCCUCUACUUGCAGCACAUCAAAACAGAAAAGGGCAUUGUCGCAGCCAUGGCGCCAACGCGCCGGAGUGCGGCGGCUGCCGCCGUCGAGGAGGAGUCGGAACCCGAAGAGGGACUUGUCAGACUCAAGUUCGACCAGUCAUUGACUUGGAGGGCCGGGAAGCCCAUCCAAACCGGCGAGCUGCACCGCCGGCUCGACACGCUCUCCAAGGAGCUAUCCGAGCUGGAGCAGGAGACGACGGACAAGGACUCGUUGACCAAGGUCGCCAAGGAGCUGGUCUCACACAACCUGCUCACCCACAAAGACAAGGGCGUCAAGGCCUUCGUCGCGUGCUGCCUCGUCGAUGUUCUUCGGGUCUGCGCGCCGAACGCGCCCUUCACGCCAGCCCAGCUCAAGGAUGUCUUCAACCUUUUUAUCACGUCCAUAUUCCCCGCACUCCAGGACCCGAGCCACACGUACAACACUCAGCACAAGUAUGUGCUCAGCUCGCUCGCCGAGGUCCAGAGCAUCGUCCUGCUCAACGACAUCGACAACAACGAGGCCCUACUCCUCCACCUCUUCUCCACCUUUUUCGACGCCGUCUCUGGCCCCAAGUCCGCGUCUGGGGAGCGGAUAUCGAAGGAUGUGGAGCUCCACAUGGUGGAUGUGCUUGUGACUGUCAUCGACGAGGGUACGAGCCUGCCAGGGAAGGUCGUCGAUGUCAUCAUGGCGCAGUUCUUGCGAGCUGCGGCCCCUGUGGGUGGCGCCAAGGACAGGUCCGGGGUGGACGAGGGCCAAUCCACUCUUCUGCUCAAGACCGAGCCUGAGGCCUACCAGAUGGCGAAGCAGGUGUGCAACAGCUGUCCGGACAAGAUGGCGCGCUUUGUAGCCCAGUACUUUGGCGACGUAAUCAUGGACGUGACCAACCUUGGCGGAAGGUCCAACGGGCACAAGGGCGGCGACGAGUCUGAGGAGGAGGAGGCUGCCGGCGGCCCGUCAGAGGCUGACCUCAAGGAGCUGAGGAAAGCCCACCAGCUCCUCAGGGAGCUGUGGAGGGCGUGCCCGUUGAUUCUCCCCAACGUCAUAGCUCAAGUCGACGCGGAGCUCAAUGCUGAGAACCUUCACCUGCGCCAGCUGGCGACUGAGACUCUGGGAGACAUGAUUUCGGGCAUAGGUGCGGCGGGCCCGCCGCCCCCUCCCAUUAUCGACCCUGCGGCAUAUCCAACCCCUACUUUGGCGGAUGUGGACCUGGAAAGCGACUCGACGCCUCCGGCAAACGUUUUGACCGCUCCCCUCUCCCCUCAGUCGUUUCCUCAGACGCACCCCUCGGUAUUCCACAACUUUGUCAACAGGAAGAACGACAAGAGCCCUGCCGUCCGCGCCGCCUGGACAACCGCAGUUGGUUACAUCCUCUCGACCUCGGCGGGAGGGGUCGGUCUUAGCCGAGACGAGGAGUCGUUGUUGGUCAAGGGGUUGGCUGAGAAGAUCGGGGACAGCGAUGACAGGGUGCGUCUGGCCUCCAUCAGAGCUAUCGAGUGCUUCAGCUUCCGCGAGGUCAUCAGAAAGCUCGCGCCCGACGGAAGCGUCACCAAGGAGGGGUCGGUUCUCGGGAACUUGGGAGACCGAAUCCGUGAUCGCAAGUCCACGGUCAGGGUUGAAGCCAUGACCCUGCUGGGCAAGCUAUGGGCUGCGUGCACUGGGGAACUGGUUUCAAACCCGGAAACGGUCUCAGCACUGGCUGGAAUCCCCAAUCGCAUCUUCAGCCUCGUGUACGUGAACGACCCGGAGAUCAACAAGCUCCUGGACCGGGUGCGGUUCGAGGUUCUUGUUCCGCUGUCUUUCCCAAACGUGCCAAAGAACCCUAGCAAGACUACCAACGGCGGGUCCCAGGGGCAGUCCCAGACACAACCUGCUUUCGAUGCAGACGCCAUCAGGGCGCAUCGGAUCCUACUGAUGGGCGACUCGAUGGAUACCAACAACAAGAAGGCGUUUUUGUCUCUUCAGAACCGCCAGGCUCAGUUUGCCGACUUUGUUGACAAGUUUGUGGACACAUGCGAGGAGUACAACGGCGGCGUCGGAUCCGGCGACAAGGCCAAGCUGGCGGCCAAGAAGGUGGCCAGCAGUAUCACCUAUCUGACCCAAUUCUUCCCUGACGAGGUCAAGGUCAAGGAGGACCUCCACAAGUUUGCCAAGGCCAAUGACCGCCGCAGCUACUCGCUAAUCAAAUACGCCACCAGCCGCGAGUCCGACUUCAAGACGGUGCACAGGGCCCUCAAGGAGCUGUCGAAGCGGUACAAGGCCCAGCCGUCGCUUGCGGACACAGUCCUGACCCUGCUAUUGCGCUGCGCCAACAUCAUGUACAACAAGAGCCACCUGUCGACCUUCCUGGAGUACUCCAAGACCGACCAAGAUGGCUUGUCUGCAAUCGCGCACGAGAUCCUCAACGAGAUCUCGCAAAAGAACCCAACCCUGUUCAAGACCCAUAUCGGGUCGCUGUGCAAGGACUUGCAGGAUGAAGCGCCCACGGCCAAUAAACCAAACGAGCCAAUUGUUGUCGAGACGCUCAAGGCAUGCGCCUCUUUCGCGGUCAAGUACCCAAAGGAUAUCCCCAGUGACAACAGUUUCAACCAGACACUGGUGAACUAUGCUCUUUACGGGAAACCGCCAAAGGCAGCAAAGUACGCAGUCAACGUCCUGCUUACGCGCGCAGACGACAAGGGCAUGGUGGCUGCCACCGGUCUCCUCCAAAAGAUCAUGAAGGACUUUGGGUACGGAGCGCCCCACUUUCUCAACAAGCUGGCCGCCAUCUGCCAACUGGGACUACUUGCCCCGAAGGUAGCAGACGAUUAUGAGGAUACUAUUCUUGGCAUGGCCUUGGAGCAGGUGCUCAAGAAAGUUCGCACCACGGAGCCAGCUCCGGAAGGAGGCUGGGUCGAGGAUGCAGACAUGGAUGAGGAGUGCCAGGCCAAGCUGCUCUCGGUAAAAAUACUGGCCAACCGGCUAAGAUCCGUUUCUGACAUCGAGACGGCAAGGAAGAACUCGGAGACGGUGCUCAAACUCCUGAGGGAGCUUGUCACCAAGGAGGGCGAGGUCUGCAAGGAAAAGCCGACGCCAAUCCACCACAGGAAACGGCUGCGGCUGCUCGCAGCACAGCUCAUGCUGAAGAUCGCCACCAAAUUCGACGACCUGGUGUCACCCUCGGACUUUAACAGACUCGCAGAGGUGGCCCAGGACGUCUCGGGCCACGUCAGGCGUCGCUUCAUCGAGAAACUGCAGAAAUAUCUCUCUCUCGGGAAGCUGCGGGCACGAUUCUAUACCAUCAUAUUCAUGACAGCCUACGAGCCGAGCGAGCAGUUCAGGAGCGACAUAGAGAUCUGGAUCCGAUCUCGUGUGCGGCACCUCCAGGAGUCCAAUGCCGCCGGGCUGGACUCGGUUCUGCCGCGUCUCAUAUCCCUCCUUGCCCACCACCCUGAUUUCGACUUGGAUCUAGACAGCCUCGUCAGCCAGGGGCACUACAUGCUGUUCUACAUCAGCAACGUCGCGACAGAGUCCAAUCUAGGCCUCAUCCAGAAGUACGCCGAGCGAACCAAGCAGGUUUAUGAUGGCAUAGAUGAGGAAAAGAGCGAGAACAUCUACGUUUUGUGCGACCUUGCGCUCGCCGUCAUCAAGGCGUGGCAAGAGAAGAGAGGCUGGACGUCAGUGCCAUACCCCGGUAAGGUUGGUCUGCCGAAGGGACUAUUCAAGGGACUGCCGUCCCACGACGCCGCUCAGCGCAUUGCAGACAAGCAGUGGAUUCCCGAUGGCGUUGACGAGAAGAUUGAAGACCUGAUCAGGUCAAUCGACCGGAAAAAGAAGCGCAAGCAUGACGAUCGCACCGAUCAACAGAACCCCGCGAAGAAGGCCAGACCGACAAAGUCGUCUCAUCCAAAGGAACGGAAGACACCAAAACCUUCCAAGAAGUCGUCUUCUUCUAGGUCGAGACCUUCAAAGCCCAAGAAGGUGCCCGCUUCAUCCUCAUCACCAGUGCCAGACUCUGAACGCCGCCGAAGCGGGCGUUCGCGGCUUAGUAAGUCGUAUAUGGAGCGUGACUCAUCUGAGGACGACGAGGAGAUGCUCGAAGGUGUUGCAGAAUGGGACUACGAGAGCGGCAGCGACGCAGAGGGUCCCCGGCCACGCGAAACCAAACGUCAGGCUGCGGCGGACUCGGAUGGCUCUGGGUCGCCCUUGAGCUCACCAGAGCCCAUGGAAGAGGACGAGAAGGAGGAGGAGAAGCAAGAUAAUUCCGAGGAGGAAACCACCGCCGCUAAUGACGAGGGUGCCGACGCCGACGAAGAGGACCAGGGCGGUGACGAGGAUAGAGAGGAAGAGGAGGAGGAGACGGUCAGGCCAACGAGGUCGAACGGGAGGAGGGCAGCGGCGUCCAGGUCGGCCAAGGCAACGCCUAAGAAGCCGGCCAGCACAGAAAAGUCUGGAGCUAAGGCGACGGCAGGGACGACGACGAGACUGGCGACGAGGUCCAAGCCGAGGACGAGGCAAAGGGAGGCGGACAACAUGGAGGACGACAGCGACGAAUAGUGUGUGUGCGAACUGCGAACUGCGAAUACCUUUUUUUUUUUUUAACCUGUCUCUUGUCUAUCUUCUAGCCAAAAUGGCUCUGGAUAUAAACCACACUUUUUCUCACUGCGUCAAUGCAGGGCAACGUUUUCGGGCUGGGAGGGUUUCUAAUCAUGCGCGUCAGUCGCGCUUGUUGUUUGACCUGGCGAGCGGGCUGCGGGGAGGUCCUGUAUAUUUCAUGUUGUAUGUUCAAUACCGCCUCUACAAGUUUCUCAAUUGCCGGCCGGUCUCCGUAUUUUUGGCACUGGCCGCGUUGUCGUUUUUCCACCAUCAAGCACGAGACGCGAAUGCCAUGACAUGGAUGCCCGCUUCAUUCAGAUUGCACGUCUCUAUUUGACAGACAUGAUAAGCAAGCAGGGUGGUCCGCCAUUCACGUCUUACUUAAUAUACACAUAACAUAUCUAC